CGUAACAAUCGCGCUCGCUUCGUUUCGCAAAUAAAUGCCCCAUCAUUCUGCACGACGAAGCCUACUUAUCGCAUUGCGGGAGCCACGACGCUUCAGCAGUACCGCCGCCGAUUAAAGUAUUACAGUUGUGUGUUGCGUUGAUUGCGGAUUCCGCUGCGGAAGUGCUUCAGUUCAAAGUGUUUCGAACAGAAACCAGUCGCAAACCGCUUUGGAGUAGCACCUUUAGCACCUGAAAACAGUAUGGGCAAGACGGCUAACAGCGACGAUGGUUACCAGCGCGGGGUAUACGGGGCACUGCGUGUCCUGAUGCACUUCAUUGCUGCUGUCGUAUUCACGUACGGCAUCUACUACGACUUCCAAUACGUUCAUUUUCCUCCGGAAAUGUGGCGGCCGGGUGGAGAGUUCGGCGGUAAACUAAAAUUUCUCACCGUGUGGGAUGCGAUUCUGCAAGCAGUUUACUUCACAAUAUGUCUACUGAACGAUUUCAUCGGUACGAACGAGGUGGCCCCCAAGCGGAUGCCGCUGAUCCGAAAGGUGAAGGAUUACACUCUGGCUGCGUUCGCGUUCCCCGUGGCGCUGAAUGUUGGCGUAACCUUCUGGACACUGAUGGCAAUCGACCGUGAGCUAGUCUUCCCUAAAGCGCUCGAUGCUGUUUUCCCCGGAUGGCUAAACCACGUAAUGCACACAAAUAUUGUGAUCUUCAUCAUCUUGGAAAUCUGCACCAGCUUCCGACAGUACCCUUCGCGUCGGGCCGGAUUGACUGGACUGGGUAUCUUUAUGACCGCAUACCUCGGGUGGCUGCACGUUAUUCGGCACUUUGGUGGUAUCUGGGUGUACCCGGUGCUGGAAGUGCUGAACAUGCCCCAACGUUUGGUGUUUUUCGCCGUAAGCCUCGUGUUCUGCGUGGGACUGUAUCUGCUUGGGGAGUUCUUCAACAAUUUAAUCUGGACAAAGGAACUGAAGCAAUUGAAGGCACAGGCAGGAUCGGCGGCGGGUACGAUCGAACACCAAAUGAUGAACGAUGUAUAACGAGCCAAACAUUUUCAGUGCAGAAAACAAGCCCCUUCUACUUACAACUCGAAAGUGGAGCCGAAAACGAUGCUCGAACGUAUUUCGAAUUACUUAAACAUCCAAAAUUAUUUCAUAAAAUCAAUACGGGAGGCAAAAGACCAGCAACGUAGAAUAACGACACAAGUUACGUAGCUCAUGGUGGCAAUUUUCCUGAAAAUAUGAACAUUGCCAACCAUGACAAAACCCUUUGAUAACCGCCUGAUAUUGUAUUUGAGAAUGCCCAAAAAACAUUCAAUUAAAUAUAUAAAUAAUAGCAUUUGCCCUUCAAGCGCCUGAUUCGCGCCAUUUUCGUAUUGAUCGGUGAUAGGUAUAACCCUUUUACACCAAUUAGGCUCUCGUAACUUUUUUGCUGUGUAUUAAUAUUGGCAUCUCUCGUGGAAUCAAUAAUUUGGUAGUGUCAGGAGGGUAUUUUCCUGGCAGAGGUGGAACAAUUUUUAUCGUAUUUAGAUGUGAUUGAAUUUUGUCCAUUUGAUCGUCUCACCCAGUGUAAUUCUAUAGCAUGGAAAAGCACCAAAAACCACUAGCAUACAAGCUAAGCGUAAAAUAGAAAAUGUUCCGCACAGCCGCGGCUAGAAACUGUCCAGAAGUUUUGUGUUUCGGCGAUUUCCAUAGUGUCAGGUUUGGCAAAUAUAUAGUUCUACUGCAACAAUAGGUAAUAUAGAUUAUAUUGCAGCAAAGAAAUAGCGUCGGUGAUGGUCGGUACAAAUCAACCGAAUUACCCGAGCACCGUGAACCAACAAAAAUUCAAACCACUAAUAAUAAAAUCAUAAAAACCUGCUUGGUAGUGUAGCGGAUUGCCAGCAGAGUUUGUUGUUCGAUGCUUUCGCCGUUGCGUGUACUCACUUUUCUAAGUAUUGCGUGUGAAUGUAAUUUUAGACGUAAUUUCGAUGCCCCGCAUAAAACCGUAGAUAGUGAAUGGUAAAUAUUCGAUUGAAUAUUGACCACCUACAUAAAGCAUGCUGUCAAUUUUCGGUUCUUGGUGUAACUUGAUGAACGGAGGCGCAUAACGAAUCGCGUGCGUGUGGUAUCCGUCACCAUUCUCUCUACGAAGCGCAUUCGAACUGCUUACAUUUCGUAACGAUAAAACACGUGGAAACCCGAACA